UCCGCAUACACGUACGUUCAGGUGGCUGCCCCCCGCCCUGCAUUUUUCCGACGGCACCUGCAGCCAGUAUGACGGGUGCGGUGGCGUGGCACCUGCCGCCAUUGAGGAUGGCGGCAGCUCGCCCAUCGGGGCUGUAUAGAAAGGACCGCCGCCCAGUGAGGAAAAAUAUCUCGGUUCAUCUCAUCCGGGGAAAAAGAGAAGCUGGAUAAGGUUCCUGGUAGGGAAGAAGCAAGAGACGGGCUCUUCCAGAUCUGGUGGUUCCGCCAUUGCUCGGAGCCACAUCAUCAGCCAGCCAGGAUGUCAUACCCAUCUGAAUAUACGCUAUUUCGCGCGGAAGGAAAGAUUCGGCAUGGACCUGAUGGGGUAAAAGUGAGUCCUGAUUGCCCAUUUGUGAUCAGACGGAUGACAGAGCUCAAGGAUAAGCCAUUCCAACAAGUGCGACACCUGGUAAUGAAGGUUUUUCAAUUGAAUGAAGCAACGUACGAGCUCAGUUUGCAGCACCUUGUGUAUUCAAGGACAGAUCCUGGCACUCCUCCAUGCAAUGUACUGAUUCAUAUAAUAGGGGAGGAUUCCUGGAGGACAUUUCUAAAUGUUGCAGCCCGUAAUGUUCGCGCUUUCAGACUGUUCGCCAGAUGGAAUGUCAAGAAAACAAGCUCUACUCCCAAUGCAACUGACAGCAAUAACACAACAAUUCCAGACGAAACCGAUGAAUCCGAUGAUGGGACCUGGCCAAAUUGCAAGCACGAUAGACCAUGCACCAUCGAAACUUCAAGGCGCAACGAAGACCUAGGUCGAAGGUUCUUCCGCUGCCCUCUCUUCAUGCAUUCGGGAGAAGACUGCAAAUUCAGCGAAUGGUUGGACAAGAAGUUCCCUCAGAAUGCAAUCAAAGUCAUCAACAGACUCCAGGACGACGUUGAAUCCCUCCAGCAGCAAGUCGAUAACAUGAAGUGUGAGCUUGAGGAACUCCGUCACCGUCAGAGCAAAAGAGCUACCGAAGAAGCUGUUGCAAGUGAUGGAGACAGGUGCCCCUGUGGCAGCAGCCCUUGCGACUUGGCUUCUCGCAACCGAAGCAAAGCUCCUAGAGUGGCCAAGGACAAUUAGAAUUAGGCCUCCAAAUAUGCAGAGUGGUACGUGGCACCACCCUAGUUUCAUUUGUAAUGGUGCUCUUAUGUCCAUUUUGUUGCAACUGUCACGCUCUGAGAACGCGAUCUGUGAUCUAGGUAGUUUUAAAGAUCUGUUGCUUAUCGUUGAACAAUUCGUCGUAGGAUUUCAGUGAGACGCUGAACAUUCUGAAGUUGUUGUGUUUAUGCA